AAAAGGAAGAAUUUAAUAUUUUGAAUUUCAGAGAGUUUUGGUUUUUCCUUCCUUCCUAUCCAAACAGAGUACAACGGUUGUUCCUUCUCACUUUCUCGAGAAAAUUCGAUUGUGGGCGGAAAAUGGGACUGCAAGAGAAAGACCCACUUGCCCAAUUGAGCUUGCCGCCGGGUUUCCGGUUUUACCCCACCGAUGAAGAGCUUCUGGUUCAGUAUCUUUGCCGCAAAGUGGCCGGUCAGCCAUUCUCGUUACAAAUUAUUGGAGACAUCGAUUUGUACAAAUUCGAUCCAUGGGUCUUGCCCAGUAAGGCGAUUUUUGGUGAAAAGGAGUGGUACUUCUUCAGCCCGAGAGACAGGAAGUACCCGAACGGUUCUCGACCGAACAGAGUUGCUGGGUCGGGAUAUUGGAAGGCGACGGGUACGGACAAAAUCAUUACCACCGAAGGUCGGAAAGUAGGAAUCAAGAAGGCUCUGGUUUUCUAUGUCGGCAAAGCACCAAAAGGAACCAAAACCAAUUGGAUUAUGCACGAGUAUCGCCUCAUCGAGUCCUCUCGCAAAAGUGGCAGUUCGAAGUUGGAUGAAUGGGUGUUGUGUCGCAUUUACAAGAAGAAUUCGAGUUCUCAGAAACCGAUUGCGAGUGUUUCUAGCAAGGAAUACAGCACCAAUGGUUCUUCCUCCUCCUCAUCUUCGCACCUUGACGAUGUUCUCGAUUCGUUGCCAGAGAUUGAUGACGGUUUUUUUACUUUACCUUGUAUGAACUCACUCAGAACAUCACAACGCGACGAGAAGGUGAAUUUACACAAUCUGGGUUCGGGGAGUUUUGAUUGGGCGACUCUAGCCGGGCUGAACUCGGCGGCCCAACUCGUUCCGGGAGGACAAAAUAAUAGUCAGGGGAUGAUGAGUUAUGGACAAAAUGACGUUUAUGUCCCUCAAUGGCAACAAGAGGUGUGCCACGUGGACACGAAGAUUCGGAACUCGGUGGAGGAGGAGGUGCAGAGUGGAUUGAGCGGCCAAACAAUGGAUAACUCGGGCGGGUUUUUCAAUCAGAACUCGGGCGCGAUGGCUCAGAAUUACUCGAACUCGCUUGACCCGCUUGUAUUCAAUUUCAAGUACCCGACCCAGUCCAGCGGGUUCGGGUAUAGGCAGUGAAAAUAUAUAAAAUGGAUGCAUUUUUAUAUUUUUCUCAUUUUCUGUAUAUAAUUUGGAAUUCUUUGGUAUAACAUUUUGUCUUGGAGGAUUCCAAAAGGAGGAAAAUUUGUGGAGGAUGUGGUAUGUAGGUGGGCACCAAGUAGAUUUAAUGCACACCAAACACAUCCUUGUACAAUUUGAUUUAAUUUCAAUAUUAUUGAUUAAGAUGUAAUCAUCUCAAAAAGUUUGUAGAUUGGAUAUAUUUUGUGGUUUUAUAUGGCAAUGGUUGAUAUGUGAAAUUAGGUUUUGUA